CUGCAUCCCGCUCGGCACACAAGCGCACUCAAACGCACACUCGGCCGGCGGCGCUCCGUUCCCCCAAAUCCUAAUCCCCUUCUCGCCGGCGUGCCGCCGCUCCGCCCAACCACCUUCUCGCGGCGCGGCCUACCCUUUUCCUCUCCGACUCGGUCGGUAGAUCCACACAAAUUUCUCGCCGAAUCCGGGCAGGUUUCAGUGUCGAUCGAUGCCGACGCCUCUACUUAAUCGCAGGCGCGGCCGCGGCGCAGCGGCGCCUACUCGCUACUCGGUUCGUCGCGCAGUUGGAGGUAUGGCCUGGACCGGGAGCUGGACGGAUCGAUUCCUUCGCCGGCAGCCCUCGGGCGAGGACCGAAUCAGCACCCUCCCCGACGAUCUCCUCCUCCUUGUCCUGCGCCGCCUCGACACCCGCACGGCGCUCGGCACCGCUGUUCUCUCCAGUCGCUGGGCCAGCCUCCCCCGGGAGCUCCCUGCCUUGGAUUUCAGUGUCGGCGACAUACUCCCGCCGCGCUACCACCAAUGGAUCCGCCUCCACGGUGACCGCGGAACUCAUGCACCCAACACCGACAAGAAGCACAUCGUGCCUAACAUCAGGAGGUACGAGCGCCGCGCCAUGCGGGCCUUGGCCAGCUCCGUCGAAAGCAUCUUGGAUGCGCCGGCUGAUGACGACCGGCGGGUCAGUAGGCUGAGCCUCCAGUUCUUCAUCACCUCCAGCUCUGGCUGCUGCAUGAACCGGCUGAUCGACAAGGCCCUCGAUACUUGGGGUGUGGAUGAUCUCGAGGCUGUUGCUAAGCCAACCUACUGUCACAGGCGGCAAGCACACACCUUUCCAACCCAUGGCCUGUGCAAGGAGCCCCGCACGUCACGCCUGCGAAGACUGAAGCUUGGAGGUUGCCUGCUCCCGCCGAUGCACCAGUUCAGCGCCCUCACUACGCUCAUCCUGCAAGACCUGCCGGAAUCGACCCCCACAGCAGCCUACGAGGGUGUCUUCACCUCGUGCCAGCAGCUGCAGGUGCUUCACCUCAACUCCUGCGGCUGCAGUGGGGAUAAGAUCGUCGUGGUCGACGCCCCCAUGUCAGAGAUCAGAGAGCUUGUUGCGGACCACUGCGCGUUCCGCCGUAUACGGCUCAGGGCUCUUCCUAGCCUUGAGCGCCUAGCAUCUCUGCAAACUAAAGUGUACUUCGAGUCCGGCUCAUGCCCCUCCCUCAGGCAGCGAAACUUCGCCUUGCGCCUCGGUACCACUCAUGAGGGAUUCCGCCAAUGUUUUAGGGAUUAUCUGGAGCUGGAGCUUGACCUGUUUUUCCAGCAUACCCCGGACAUAACCAACAUGAUUAUCCGGUUCACUGGACCUGACAGAUGGUUUGUGCCAUCAACCUCCCCGUCGUUACUGUUGCCUAAUCUGAGGCGUCUACUUGUUGCCGAUGUGCCUUCGUCUUGGGAUGUCACAUGGCCCCGUCUUCUCCUUGAGAUGGCGCCGUCCCUCGAGGUUCUUCACAUUCACAUUACCCCUUGCACGGAGGAGCCCAAUGAUGAACUAUCCUGGCAGCCCACCAAGCGUCGGCAACAUCACUUGAAGGAGUUUGUGAUGGCUGGUUUCGAGGGAACUGAAAGGCAGAUUUACCUUGUCAAGUUCGUCAUGUCAGUCUGCACAACAUUGCGUCGUGUCAUCUUGUCCAAGAAUGGGUAUGCUCGGGACAAGGGGCACUGGGACUGGGAGAUGGUAACGCCGCACUACUCGUGGUCCGACCAAGAGAAGGAUACUAUGCUGAAGCAGAUUAUGGAUGGUGUUUCUUCCUCGACUGCUCAUGUUCAUAUGGUUUGAGGCGGAUCAGAUUAUGGAUGAAGGUUUUCCUCCACAGCCCUAAGCAGAUUAUUGAUGGUCAUUUUCCUCGGCAGCCCGAUUCAACUGUUUUGAGGAGGAUCCUCUAGUUUGUGCAUGCCAUGCAAUUGCAAGCUUCUAGUAAUGCGGAUGCUUAUAUAAUAUUAUUUAUUUUACUCAAUUUGGUUUAUUCUUGUCAUGUAAUGUUGGUGAUCUUCCUCUGCUAUGCUGUCAGUGCAUUUGUUCAACAGAACUAGAAUAGGCUGUUUGUGAAAAUUUCUAUCUGCACAGGCUUCAGACAUUGUGAGAGGCAAAUGUGACUUCUUCUAGCUCCGUUAGCCUUUGUUAGUUGUUACACAUAUUUGAAUUUAGCCUUGUAUAGUUGUAUAUAAUGAAUAUUGCGUAAAAUCAUAUGAUUCGCAAUUAAGUUGCUGUUA